CGGGCAUGUUUCAUGUCAAUCACACCAAGGCUAUUUGUCUAUUGAAGGCCGCACCUGUCAAUCAGGGGCAAGCAAGAGUGGUUGCGGCUCGGUGACUGAAGCACGCAGCAGGGCUUGUCGAGAUAACAGAAUGCCAACAGAAGGAGAUCCAACUAACCUAGUCAAAACAGCCCAUCUGAUUAUACUGUCUACCUCCUGGGGUAUGCAGAUAUGGGUCUCGUUCAUAUCGGGUUUUGUUCUGAUUAACAGUGUUAGCAGACAUACGUUUGGCUUGGUUCAAGGCAGUCUGUUUCCUUACUAUCUCUACUCUGUCCUCGGAGGCUCAUUCCUCAAUCUGGCUCUCUAUGCCUUGUAUCACCCACAUGAGUUACUCAACAAUGAUGAAACUGUUCAGAUAACAUCCUUUUUCGUCUGUGUGAUUUUCUCCGCACUCAAUGCCCAGUGGUUUGGUCAGACAACAUCAGAAAUUAUGUUUAAGAUGCAUGAGAUUGAGAAGGAACACCACUUGGGGCAGGAGAUUGGGUUUGGGACUAACCGAGAGCCCUACAAAAGGUUGAAGAAGAAGGACCCCAAAUACCUGAGACUCUGCCGGAGCUUUGUGAAGUACCAUGUCCUGUCCAUGGUAUGUAACCUGAUCUGUGUUAUUUGCAAUGGAGUCAAUCUGUUCUACACUGCAACCAAUCUGAAGACUUUCUAGAAAAUCUCUGCUAUCUUCCUCUGUGUCUGCUGAGGACUUUCUUUCGGAAUUUUGUGAUAUCCUGGACAUUGUAACCUCUGUACGUAAUUUCCAUUUUGAUCGUUGUGUUUAAAUAUUUCAAUUACUGUUCAGCAACAGGAAACAGCUCCAUUUCUAAAAGCGUCAAAGUCUGAGGAGCACAGUGGCAUAGCACAUUGUCCUUCUAGCCCUGAGUACAAGUGAAAGCCUUUGUUGGCAUCAGUGCCUUGUGUGCUAUAUGGGGUGGGUUUGGGACAUUUUGGCUCCGUGUCAGUGUAAUUCCACAACACAAAACCCCUGGUUGAUAUUGUGUGAAAUUGACAAUCACACUUGACGAAAUGGUAACAUACACUGCAGCACUCUCUGGGGAACCUUUAUUGGAUCUUGUUGUGGAAUUCCCAUUUUCUUUUUUUAUGUGAGCUGUGACUAGAUUCACCUAUUCAACCCUGCUCAGAAGCUGGUUGUGGUCAGUGCUGAGGGCAAAGUGAAGCAGGUUGGUAUCACUCAGUUCCGCUGGAAACGGUCCUGGGAUCCAGCAGCAGCAAAAGAACGUGUGCAGGCAAUGGAAAGAUCAUGAUGUGCAAUGAAGUUGCUGUGAAUAUGCGUGAUUGGGAUUUUGCAGAAGGCAAUCACUUUGAAUGUGAAUCCACUGCGCCGUUCCUGGAACUGCUCGACACAAGUUAGAAAAACUAAACUGAUUUCUGUUCUAAGGCCCCCAGGCUUCUCUGUUUGUCAGCACAGAACAAAUUAAUUCACAAUCACAGUAUCUGAUGAAUACAGGAAGGUGGAACUUUCCGUGUCCAACAACAAAAUAAUGUGAGCGCUGGAAAUCUGAAAUAUAAACAGCAAGUGUCAGAAAAACUCAGAGACAGAACUAAUGUCCCAGGUCAUAACCUUACAUCAAAACUGGGAAAUGUUUCUGAAAUGGGGCAGCUGGGGAAAAAAAGCAAGGUGUGUUGUGAAAGAACAGGGGGCAGGAUAGAUUCAAUGUCAAAAGAGUUAUUAUUGAUGGGCUGAAAGUAUUGGGACUGGGACAUGUAAAUAAACAAAGGAGUGUCCAUAGGGCAUGAAACUGGCUGAGUGAUAGGAUACAGAGUAAUAGUUCAGGCUGGAGUAAAGAUUGUCACCAGGUUUCCAGGGGUCCAUCCUGGGUCUCUUGCUUUUCCUCAUUUUUAUAAAUGAUCUCGAUCUUAGUGUACAGAUGACACAAAAUUUGAAAGAAUUACAAACUUGGGAGGAGCAGGACAGUGUGUAAUUUCAAAACAACAUUGACAAGUUGUGUGAUCGGUGUGAUUGGUUGAAUAAUAAACAGCAAUCAUCCAAAAGCA